UUUGUAAACAGGAAGUUUGCGCUGUCACUCCUGGGUCGACGCUGCUGUCUACAAAGUUUGUGAUCACUGAUUUUUCAGGGGUUAACGUUUAUUUCCUUUUUCGUGAAAGUGAAACUAGGCAGCCGGAGGCUACUUCUUCUGGUUUCUGGUAGCGGAGAUCAUGACUUUAGCUGGCUGCCUCAGCUAACAUGCUAACAACAGUGGAGGGACAGCUCGGAGGACAGGCUGCUUCAUGUGAGAGCGGCCAGGCAUGCUAAUAGCGCACCUCCUCGGAAGAUCCUUGCUUCGACCGGGACUACGGCAGCUCGGGGUCCAGCGAAGGUGUCUCUGUGCGGCGCAGACUGGCCGGUGUCCGGACACACCGCAGGAGGCAGACAUGAUCCGGAGCCGGGCUCAGAUCAAGCGGGUCCUCUGCGUAGCCGAGAAGAACGAUGCAGCCAAAGGCAUCUCAGAGAUCAUGUCUAACGGCAGGGCCAUGAGGCGGGAAGGGAUGUCCAGGUUUAAUAAAAUCUAUGAGUAUGAAUAUCAUCUCUUUGGUCAGAAUGUGACAGUGACAAUGACAUCUGUGUCAGGCCAUUUACUGGGUAUGGAGUUUAAAGCACCGUUCCAGAAAUGGCACAGUUGCAAUCCUGUGCUGUUAUUUGAUGCUGAGGUAGAGAAGUAUUGUCCAGAUAACAUGAUACAAAUCAAGCGGACACUAGAGAAAGAGGUGAGACAGUGCCAGGCCUUAGUCAUCUGGACUGAUUGUGACAGAGAGGGGGAAAACAUUGGCUUUGAAAUCAUAGAUGUCUGCAAAGCAGUUAAGUCCAAUUUACAAGUCUUUCGGGCAAAGUUUUCUGAGAUAACCCCCACCUCCAUUCGGAGAGCUUGUGAGACUCUAACGGAGCCAGAUGUUAACAUCAGUGAUGCUGUCGAUGUCCGUCAGGAGCUGGACCUGCGGAUAGGUGCAUCCUUCACUCGAUUCCAGACGCUUCGCCUGCAGAAGAUCUUUCCAGAAUCUCUGGCCAACCAGCUGAUCUCAUACGGCAGCUGUCAGUUUCCCACUCUGGGCUUCGUGGUGGAGCGCUUCAAAGCCAUCCAGGCUUUCAUACCUGAAAUUUUCUACAAGAUCAAAGUGCUCCAUGAGGUCGAGGAGGACACUGUAGAGUUCAGCUGGAAAAGAAACCGUCUCUUCAACCACACAGCUUGCCUGGUGCUCUACCAGAUCUGCAUGGAGGAUCCCAUAGCAACAGUCACCUCAGUAACCAGCAAACCCAAGAGCAAGUGGAGACCGCUGCCUUUGGACACGGUGGAAAUGGAGAAACUGGCGUCUCGGAAGCUAAGAAUAAGUGCCAAAGAAACUAUGAAAAUUGCAGAAAAACUCUAUACCCAAGGGUUUAUCAGCUACCCCCGCACAGAGACAAACUGUUUUCCCGCAAACCUGGCUCUCAGCCCCCUGGUGGAGCAGCAGACACAGAGCCCGGUCUGGGGGACGUUCGCCCAGCGGGUGCUCAGCCAGCCUGGGGGUCCCAACCCACGGCAGGGCAAGAACUCUGAUCAAGCCCAUCCCCCCAUACAUCCCACCAAGUACACUAAUACACUGCAGGGUAAUGAAGGACGUGUGUAUGAGUUCAUUGUCCGGCACUUCCUGGCCUGUGUUUCCCAGGAUGCUUUGGGGCAGGAGACGGUGGUGGACAUAGACAUAGCUCAGGAGAAGUUCUCCGCCUCAGGACUCAUGAUCAUUGCAAAGAAUUACCUGGAUGUUUACCCAUACGACAGGUGGAGCACCAAGGUGAUUCCAGUGUACGAACAGGGCUCCCAGUUCCAGCCCUCUGCUAUCGAGAUGGUGGACGGACAGACAAGUCCUCCACAGCUGCUCACUGAAGCCGACCUCAUAUCACUGAUGGAGAAGCACGGCAUUGGCACAGAUGCAACCCAUGCAGAGCACAUUGAGACCAUAAAGAGUCGCAUGUAUGUGGGUUUGACAGCAGACCAGAGGUUUCUCCCUGGAGAGCUUGGCAUGGGACUGGUGGAGGGUUACAACUCCAUGGGCUAUGAGAUGUCCAAACCAAACCUGCGUGCUGAAUUGGAGGCAGAUCUCAAGCUGGUAUCAGAGGGAAGGAAGGACAAACGAAGCGUGCUACUACACCACAUCCAGAAAUACAAGACCGUCUUCAUCGAGUCUGUCAGGAAGGCAAAGAAGUUAGACGAAGCCCUGUCGCCAUAUCUGGGUGCAGCUCAGGAGAUCUCUGAGGCACAGCAGGAGGACAUGGAGAUCCCGCUGCCGGUCAGGAAGUGCCCUCACUGUGGUCGGGACAUGGUGCUGAAGAGGAGGAAGGAUGGAAACAGUAAGUUCCUGUCCUGCGUGGGUUUCCCAGCCUGUAGGACAGCAGUGUGGUUUCCCGACUCAGUGCUGGAGGUCAGCAGAGAUGAAAGCAUUUGUCCCACUUGUCAGCCACAUCCCGUUCACAUGUUGAAAUUAAAGUUCCGCAGAGGCAGCCUCCCUCCCAUGAUGCCUUUGGAAUUUGUUGGCUGCAUUGGUGGAUGUGACGAGACGCUCACAGAGGUGCUGGACCUGAAAUACCUCAGAGCAGGAGGAGGAGGUGGUGGAGGAGUGGGAGGAGGAGGGGGGGGAGCAGGAAGAAGAAGAGGAGACCCUGGGCCACCAGCUCCAAGGCCCCCCAGACCAGAGCCUCCUAGAGCCCCACUUUCCAAUGCUCGACCAUCCCUUCCUCCUGUCCCCACCUGGGCCCCUCAGCCUCGACCUCCACCGGGUGGCGGCAAUGGCAGUGUAGACCCCAGCAGUGAUGCCAUUGUGUGUAACUGUGGCCAGGACGCUCUUCUCCUCACUGUGCGCAAAGACGGUCCCAACAAAGGCCGUCAGUUCUACAAGUGCAACAAUGGGACUUGCAACUUCUUUCUUUGGACAGAUCAGCCAAAUCAGGAGGGGGCGGCACAGGGUCGAGGGCCUCCCCAUAUGCUGCCAGCACCAAGGACCUCCCAGCCUCCGAGGCCCUCACUUGGGCACAGGAACACAUCUGGAGGAGGCAGAGGGCUGGAAGGGGGUGCUGGAGGACAUGGGGGAGAGAUGAUGUGUAACUGUAAUGAGACGGCUGUGACGCGCACAGUGCAGAAGAACGGUCCAAACCAAGGGCGGGUGUUCCACACCUGUGGGAAACCAAGAGAUCAGCAGUGCGGCUUCUUCCAAUGGGAUGAUGAGAACGUACCCCCAGGUGGUUUUGAUGGUGGCUUUAAUGGUGGUGGACAUGGAGGGAAGAAAGGGAAGAAGAUAACGGGAGGAGCCACCUUUAACAAACCUCCUGCUGCUAAGAAACCCCGUACCUGCGGCAUCUGCCACAUGCCAGGGCACACGCGAGUUACCUGCCCCCAGCGGUGACACUGUCCCUGGGCAAAGGCGCUAACUGUGAAGCUGCUCUGGACGUGUGUGGAGCUAUUGAAGUCUACGACUGAACAGUAUUUUUCUAAUAUGCAGCAACUCUGAUUAUAAGUGCCUCUUUACAUGGGGUGCACCUCUUCUUCUGGGAUAUAAACAGUUCCAUUCCAGACUCCUUACAAGAAUUCAGCAUUUUAGGAAAUAAGCUUAUUUACUUUCUUGCCUAGAGUUAGAUGAGAGGAUUGCUAUCAGUCUCAUUCCUAUACAGUGAAUAUGAACCACAGCCAGCAGCCAUUUAACUUAUCUUAGCGUGAAGAUUGGGAAAGGGGGAAACAGCUAGCCUGGCUCUGUCUGAGGGUAACACAAUCAGCAGCACCAGCACCUCUAAAGCUCACUAAGGAACAUCUUGGAUGAUUAAUCAAAAUAAAGCAAAAAAAAAAACCCCACAAACAAUUCACUGAUUAUGGGGAUUAUGACAGACUAUUAACCUAAUAAGCAUAUUUCCCAAAAUGACAAAUUUUUCCUUUAAAGCUUAGUUCAGCGUUCACAAAUACAAACUCUGGUUGCCCGAACACCUACAAGUUUAAAACUUGUAGGUGUUUGUAACUGCAGCAACAUGAAAGUAAUCAGCAGUUCAUGGGAAAUGUGUUCACCUGGCCUCGGAUCAAAUGAAUUCCCCCCAUCUGUUGUGUUCCUCUGUAUUUUAAAUCCUGCCUGCUUGCCUGAGAUCAGCUUGAGGAGGGUGAUUCCAAGGCAGAAACAUUACUGUCUUUAACAAAUAAAAGUGUAUUAAAGAUAAAGAUCGUGUAUUUGCACACAGUUUAUUUUUAAUUAAUACUAAGUAUUGACAUGUUGAUGGUGGUUUUUACCAUUUUCCCCAUCAGUCCUUUUAACAAUAGCCUAGUGUUUUAUAUUGUUGGAUUUGUGUGGACUGCAAAUGGUAAUGUGUGCAAAAAGAUAAGAAAGGUUGGUGAUCUGAGGCAUUGUCAGUUCUAUCAUUAAUGUUUGAAUGUUGAUGUGAUAUUGAUAAUAAACAAUAAAAUAAAAAGUGUGCUGUUA